GCCCAGGCUGCUGCCCGAGCCUAUUUCGGAGGCGCACGGAGCCCAGCCGGACCGAGGCGGGGAGGCGGCCGCUCGGCAGGGCGAGGCGAGCGGAGCUCCGGGCCGGAGGCGGCGGUGAGUCCGAGGCGGCCGGGGAAGGCGAGGGGUCGGCGGCGGAAUCCCUGCGCGGCGCUCCGCUUCUCCUCUCCGCGCAUUGCGCCCCUCUCCAAAGACGCGCGGCCCGUCCGAAGAUUCCCUCCUUCCCCAGGGACAGGGGGGUUGUCUUCCCUCUUCCGAGUCUCGCUCCCCGUUGGCUCGAGACCCGCUGCUCCUUGCAGGGCACUCUGCACGCGCUCAGGGGCCCUCUGGAGCCGGGCGAAGAAAGGUGCGCGCCGAGGAGACGGCGCUGAGCCGGGCACCUCGCUCAGCCCUCCCCAGGCAGGACCAGCGGGACAGCCGCACCCCCGGGAGGCAUGCGGAUGUGAGGUGUUCACAAUGCCUUAUUUUUUGGGAGAAAUGUGCAAGGACGACCGGACAUACGAAGUGAUCUUGGCCGGAAUGCGCUUCCACCCAAACGGGGCGGCGAGAUCCUUUCCUAGGGAGCGAUAAAGAGGGCAGCCCUUCAAGGAGGAGUGAGCAAUUAGAGCUUGCGAAUGCCGGGCUGCCUGGCCUCCCGGGCGAAGUGCAGGCGGCAGACCUUGCAGGAGCGGCACCUGCGAUGCCUCCCAAGGAAACCAAGGCCCCUCCUGGCAUCAGACCCGAAGGCGCCGUGGCGGAGGACCCACCUGCGGGCAGCCCAGAAGCGAGCCAGGCCUCCCUGCCGCCUGGCACGGCCAUGACGCCCAUCUCGCGCACUGUCUGCCUAUACCGGCCUGCGGGCACCUUUGCUGACUCGCAGCCCCUAGUCCUGCUGCUGCCCUGGUUUGGCGCCCGGCCCGGUGCCCUGGCCAAGUACCUCUCCCUCUACCUGGGCCGCGGCUGGGCUGUGCUGGUGGCCGAGAGCAGCCUGGGACAUUUCCUGUGGCCACGGUGGGGCCUGGCGUACGCGGAGCAGCUCCUGGGGCUCCUGGGGGAGGGCAAGGCCCUGGGCACCCAGCCCCUCCUCAUCCACGCCUUCUCCAUCGGAGGGUACACCUUUGCCCAGAUGAUGGUGCACCUCGCCAGACACCCCGAGCGGCACGCCGGCAUCGGAGAGCGCAUCUGCGGCUGCGUCUACGACAGCCUGGUCGCAGGGAGCCUGGAGAAUAUGGCUCAGGGUGUGGCCAGGAUGACCAGCUCCUCGGCGGCCGUCCGGCCUCUCCUCCGCGGAGGCGCCCUGCUGUACUUCCGCCUCUUCCGCCCGUGCACCGUGGCACACUACGAGGCUGCCCUGGGCGCCUUCCACCACCCGCCCCUCCGCUGCCCCGUGCUGGUCUUCUUCUGCCACAACGACCCGCUGAGCGACGCCCGCACCAUGCAGCAGCUGCUGGGUGCCUGGCGGGCGCUGGGCCUCCGCGUCCAAGUGCAGGAGUGGCCAGUUUCUCGUCACGCACAACACCUCCGCCUCUACCCCCAGGAAUACGCCUGGGCCCUGGGCACUUUCCUGCAACAGCUGGGCCUCCUGCCCGCCUCCGGACUCCAGGCGAAACUUUAGCGGGCAAGAAGGAACCAGAAAUGAACGCUCAACAGAGGAGGAAGACAUCGCCGCUGCCAUCCCUGCGGCGGUCAUGGAGGCGGAAGGCCCGUUUGCCAGAGCCGCUCCAGGAGGUUGAAACCGGGAGGGUGGCUGGACUUGGGGGUCCCAAUGGAGCAACCCUCCCC